GGGGCCAGGUGCCCACUGGCUUCUCAUUGCCCCACCAGCUUCUGGAGCUAGGAGCAGUGCCGGGGGAGCUGGGCCACAGGGUAUGCAGGGGGCAAGUGCCCCAGGGCACUUUGCCAACCCAGCAUCAAUUAUGCCCAAGCGGCGCCGGGACGGCUGGCCUCACACCCCAGCAAGAGCCUUGGCUACGAUUGCCCUCCCUGGCUGCUUUGUCCAAGGGCCUAGAGAAGUCCUGGGGGUGUCAUUGCCAUCAAACAGCCCCACAUCGAACAAUCUCCAGCAUCGUAGAACCUCGCUACUCCUUUGUCAGUCGGGCUCAGUGUUGCAGGAUGUGACGCCUCCAGGCUGGGCUCUGUCCCUUCCCAGCUCUACCCACACGGUCGUGCCUGACACCCAUUAAUAAUACAUGGAAACGCGAUCGCCCCUUGUAACUUCAUCCCCUGCCCUGUCCCAAACACUAUCUCCAAGUUUGCUCAUAUCAAGCUGGUCAUGGAUGCUGAGGAGGUGAGUGUCCUUGGGUGGGACAGCACAGGCUGGUUUGGGGGGAUGUUUCCUCUGCCUUUGGCAUGGCGUGGCCUGAUGCUGCCCAGCCUGAGGGGCUUGUCCAGCUCCUGGCAGCUGCUGAGUGGUUGGGGCAGGACCCAGCUCAGUCCUCCUUUACCGCCUGUCCCUCCAGGCCCAGCAAGAUGUGUGCGUACGAGCAGCUGUAGGACUCCACCAUGCAGCAGGGCCAGGGGAGAGCCAGGUGGCCAGCAGCGAAGACCCCGCGCAGCUUCUUUUUGCGGAGAAAGGGGUCCAGGAGAGCUGCUUGACCAUCGAUGGCAUCUUUCACUUGGACGCAGGACAGGAGAAGGUUUUGGAGCUGGCAAGACCCCAGUUGGCCCUGGUGCCCCUCGGCUAUAGUGUGUCCCUGCUGCUGUGGGACCCCCAUGGUCCUGGGACGCAGCUGCCACUCCAGGACAUUGUCUGGCAGGUGAUCAACAGUGUUUUCCAAGAGCUGGAGGCUGCGGGCGGUGACACGCAGGGCCUGCAAACUGUCAGCCUGGUCCAGGUCUGCACCCAGGGAGGAGCCUGGGACCUGCUCCGUCCUGGCGGCCAAGCCUUGCAGGUGAUGGACAUCGCUCCCCUGGGCCUGAUGGUGGAGGAGGUGACAGAAAUUGCCGUGCCCGAAGCCCGAGCUGCCAUGAGCAUCUAUGCGUGGGGGCUGGGUGCCCUUCCAGCACCGUUCCUGGGGUGCACGCAGCUUCCCAUGGCAGAUAGGACUGGCAGCCUCUUCACGCUGACGCUGGAGCGAGAGCUGGAGGGAUGUGGGCGCCGGCGCUCGGCCCUCAGGAUCCUGGCAGUCCCCGGGGGCCCCGAGCCGCUCUCUCCCCUGCUCGGGACGCUGGCUACAGGACACGCGCCGGCCAGCGCCGGCUCCCUGCCCUGGAUCGUCGAGCGGCUGCUGGAGGGGAACAGCCUCACGUUCCUGCUGCUAUGCGUGACGCUGCCAGACACUUCGGGAGAAGAGAUCCUGGCAGCCCUGGCACUGGCCGAGCGGGUGAAGGGGCUGGCUAAGACGGUCUCACCCACCCACUGGGACCCUGAGCAAGAGGCCGCGGUGCGGCGGGCGGAGAUCCGAGGGCUGCGGGCCGAGCUGCUGGCCGGAGCCAGCCGUUUGGAGCAGGAGAGAGCCGUGGCCCGGCUGCGGAGAGCCCUGUGGGAGCUGCAGGUGCUGAAGAGCCAGAGGUGGGAGAAGAAGCAGAUGGCGACCAAGGCGUUCAGGGCAAACCAGAUGCAUCAACCUGGUGCCAAGGACCUGGGCCCUGCAGGGAACCCGGCACUGGGCAAACAGCUUGGGACCCAAGAGCCCCCGGACAGAGCCAGCCUGGAGCAGGGCGGAGAAGCCAGUGCUGCCGAGAGCUGCGGGAGAGGGAAGACCCAGGCCCCUGGGAAUGCGGGACAGGGCCUGCCAGAAGAGCCUUCGCCGGGCAAAGCGCCGUGGGCACCGAGUGGGGCUGGCAUGGCGAGGAGCCAGUGCCAGCCAUGCCUGUCCCAGCCAUGCCUGUCCCUAGAGGUCCAGUUCUCCCUGGCCAAGGCCCGGAGGCAGCGCCUGCAGGCUCAGCACCACCUGCUCCUCCAGCAGGAGCUCGGGGAGCUUGGAGAUGAGGCAGUGCCAGGCCAGGAGUGGGACACAGCUCGCUGGCAGCGGGAGGUAGCUGUGUUGGGCCGGAGCCUGGAGACAGCACGGAGAGAGUGCGAGGCAGCCGAGCAGGACCUGGAGGCCCUGCUGCACAGCCACCGGCAGGAGAUGGAGGCCUGGAGGCAGCACACACUGCAGGUGUUUCAGGCCCAGCAGCGCCUGGCAGAGGAGCAGGCAGAGGAGCUGGAUCACCGGUACCGGGCACUUCUGCAAGAGGUGCUCCGGGAUGCUGUGGAGCUCUCUGCACAAAACCAGCAGCUGAGGGCAGCCCGGCAGCGAGGUUCAGCCGACGCCACCACGCAGACAUCCUGAGCCAACAGCCCCAGGGUGGUGGGCGCAGCUGCCACGGCAGGAAAGAGGGGAUGUCCCCAGGUCCCUGCCACCUGGGCCCACACCCUGCGGCACGUGUGAGCCACCAGCCCCGACACCAGGCGGAUGGGCAGCCCCUAGCUCUAACUGUGCCCCAGGGCAAGUCCUCCAACCCAACCUGCUCUGGCUUCCGAGAGCUGCCGCUGCAGGAGUGUGGGGAGGGUGCCAGGACAGGACCCCCACUGGCAGAACUGAGGAGUUUUUCACCCCUCUGCCCCCGCCCGGGGAAAACCCUGCCCGGCAGCGGGGCAGGUGUCUGCAGGAGCACAGGCUCGGGCACAGCUCUGCCGCCCCAAGCCAGAGCCUCAAAGGCGCACGAGGUAAUGAGACCAGACAGCCGCGCGGGCAGGGGUCCCCGCAGGCACCGUGCUGAUGCAGAUGCAGGCGAGCACAGCAGCAGGAGCAGAGCAGGCACCACGGGAGAUUUAACAGCCCUGGGGGUGCUGCCACAUGGAAUAAAGUGGGUGCCCUUCA